CUUUUAAAAACUUUUUAAAAAAUAAAUUUUUUUUUAAUCCUUGAUUUUAUUAACGUAAUCCUCAAAUUUUAAAAAAUGGGCGAAUCAUCAAUACAAGUUAAAACUUCAUUCCCACCAAAUGAUUUUAAUUCUGAAUCACCAAAACAAAAUCAAACUCUUCAAUCUCCGUUAUCUUAUUCACCUCGAGAAGAUAAUUGUUUAUCACCUACUUCUAAUAAAAGAUUAUCUUACUCACCUCAAGAAGAUAAUUGUUUAUCACCUACUUCUAUUAAAAGAUUAUCUUACUCACCUCGAGAAGAUAAUGGUUCAUCACCUACUUCUAAUAAAAGACCAACUAUCUCAACAAUUUUUUCAUUUUAUCGGUCUUCUCCAAGAGUCAAACCUCAUCGUUCUGAAACUUAUCAAGGGAAAGAUGAAUAUACUAACGGAUGUUUUGGUUACUUGCGAACAUCAGGAUCAAAAUUAAAAUACAAAGUAACUAAUGUUUGGAAAUUUGUUAAAAUUAAUUGCAAGAAGAGAUUUUCUAAAAAUAAAAAUUAUUUGUGAAGUGUGAACAUUAGUG